AUGGUGGGGCCCUUAAAAACCGCUCGAGGCGGCAUGUCACACUUGCUAGUCGUCGUCGACAAAUUCACCAAGUGGAUCAAGGCAAGGCCAAUCAAGAAACUUGACGGGCCGACGGUCGUCCGGUUCCUCAAAGAUAUCGUGGUCUGCUACGACAUCCCGCACAACAUCAUCACAGACAACGACACCAACUUCGCUAAGGGCGCGCUGGCUCAGUACUGCUCUGUAUUCGGCAUCCGACUUGACUUGGCCUCCAUCGCACAUCCCCAGUCGAACAACCAGGUCGAGCGCGCGAAUGGCCUGAUCCUAGCCGGCAUCAAGCCGCAUCUUGUCGAGCCUCUUGUGCGCUCACUCGGCAACUGGCUCGACGAGCUACCGGCUGUCCUUUGGAGUCUCCGGACGACGCCUAACCAGUCGACUGGGUUCACCCCGUUCUUCCUCGUCUACGGAGCCAAAGCAAUUAUCCCCACCAACAUCAAGUUCGACUCGCCUCGGGUGACCAUGUACACAGAAGCCAAGGCCAAGGAAGCCCGCAAAGACAGCGUCGACCUGCUCGAGGAGGGGCGCCUUCUGGCCCUCAGCUGGUCGGCGAUACCAGCAAAGCCUGUGCCACUACCACAACAAGAAGAUCAAGCCUCUCACAUUCCGCGAGGGCGACCUCAUACUCUGGCACAUCCAGUAGACAGCUAG